AUGUCUCAGAAAAAACAGGUGGAUCCGCUGCACUCUUUGUUUGCCGGUUCUCUAGCUGGCGCUGUAGAAGCGUCCAUAACUUAUCCAUUUGAGUUUGCCAAAACCCGUUUGCAGCUCGUGGAUCGGUCUUCAACAGCAUCAAGAAAUCCACUAAAGCUCAUCUAUAACACAGCCAAGAUAAACGGUGUCGGAGCGCUGUACGUGGGAUGUCCAGCAUUUAUUGUCGGCAACACGGCCAAAGCUGGCGUUAGAUUCCUAGGUUUUGACGCCAUCAAAAAUGUACUCCGAGACCCUGUCACUGGCGAGCUCAGCGGGCCAAGAGGUAUUGUAGCAGGGCUUGGAGCUGGCCUUCUGGAAAGUGUGGUAGCGGUGACGCCAUUUGAAGCGAUCAAAACUGCUCUAAUCGAUGAUAAGCAAAGUGCUCAGCCCAAGUACCACAACAAUGGACGUGGCAUGCUACGGAACUAUUCUAAGUUGGUUCUUGACCAAGGUUUCUCGGGUCUUUACCGCGCUGUCUUGCCAGUCUCCAUGAGACAAGCAGCCAACCAAGCCGUUAGACUGGGCUGCUACAACAAGAUCAAGACCAUGAUUCAGGACUACACCAACACACCUAAAGACAAACCUCUAUCUUCUGGCUUGACCUUCGUUGUCGGCGCCUUCAGUGGUGUUGUCACCGUCUACACUACCAUGCCCAUCGACACGGUGAAGACUAGAAUGCAAAGUCUGGACUCGUCCAAGUACUCAUCGACAUUGAACUGCUUCACCACGGUGUUCAAGGAAGAGGGUUUGAAAACUUUCUGGAAAGGUGCCACACCCAGAUUGGGCAGACUCAUUCUAAGUGGGGGUAUUGUUUUCACGAUUUACGAAAAAGUCCUGGUUGUGCUAGGCGCAUAA